CCCUUGACAGAGUGUCGCCUUUGCUGCCCAGUGCCUCAGUCUCCCUGAUUUUAGCUCAAGGAUGACAACGGAUUACAACUCGACGCGUCUCAAAGAAAAACUGGUAAAGCUUUUCAGGGCAGGAUUUUGCACACACAAAGCACCACUUACCUGUGUGUGACACACCCCUGCAAGCUCCCCGCCCUCAGGAAUGAUCCCUGAGGUCUCACUUCUAACUCCAAGCACUGGCCACCCGCCCAGGCAGCGCACAGUGGUCAGGUGCACUUCCUGGGAACCGGUGCCGCGCAGGUGCCACCCCAGCUCCCAGCCCGUCCUCCCAGACGAAAGCCACCACGGAAAGGGCGGGCCUAGGGGUACCAGCAUCCCGGACCGCUAGGAGGCGCUGAGCCCUGCUCGCCCUGCCCGCCCCUCCUGGGCCACUUGGCCCGGUCGCCGCACCUCUGUCCCGUGUGCACCGCGACCACCACCGCUGCCAAUCCCAGCUGCCGAGUACCAUGCAGUGCCUGGGCGCGGAGUACCUGGUUUCUGCAGAGCAAACAAGGCAGAGAGAAUGGCGACCCCAAAUUUAUAGAAAAUGCACAGAUACGGCGUGGCUGGUCCUGUUCUUUCUGUUUUGGACUGGUUUGGUGUUCAUCAUGGGUUAUUCGGUGGUGGCCGGGGCAGCAGGAAGACUCCUCUUUGGAUAUGACAGCUUUGGCAACGUGUGUGGCAAGAGGAACUCCCCAGUGGAAGGGGCCCCCCUCUCCGGGCAGGACAUGACUCUAAAAAAACAUGUGUUCUUUAUGAAUGCCUGCAAUGUGGACGUCAGAGACAAGGGCUUUGGCCCCACGGCCCUCUGCGUGUCCAGCUGUCCUGAGAAGCAGCUGGACACCUUAGAAGAGGUCCAGCUUUUUGCCAACAUCAACGGCUCUUUCCUGUGUGUGUAUAGUUUGAGUUCCUUCAACUAUACUCAGAGUUCAAGUGCAGAGUCACUGUGUCCCGGGCUCCCGGUUCCUCCAAGCAAGCCCUUCCCCUUGUUUAACCGGUGCAUCCCUCAGACGCCUGAAUGCUAUUCCUUAUUUGCAUCAGUCUGGAUAAACGAUGCUGACGCUCUCCAUCGGAUUCUAAGUGGGAUAAUGGCGGGAAAGGACACCAUCCUCGGCCUGUGUGUCUUCACAUUUGCCUUGUCUCUGGCCAUGCUGUUCGCCUUCCGAGUCAUCUCAACCCUUCUGGUCCACAUUAUCAUCUCCUUGGUCAUUUUGGGAUUGCUGUUCGUCUGCGGUGUCUUAUGGUGGCUGUAUUAUGACUACACCAACGACCUCAGUACAGAAUUGGACACAGAAAAGGAGAACAUGAAGUGUAUGCUGGCCUUCGCCGUCAUCGCUACGGUCGUGACAGUAGUUCACCUGGCCUUGAUUUUCAUCCUCAGGAAGAGGAUAAAACUGACAGUUGAGCUUCUCCGCAUCACAAACAAAGCCAUCAGCAACUGUCCCUUCCUGCUGUUCCAGCCACUGUGGACAUGUGUCACCCUCAUUUUCUUCUGGGUCCUCUGGGUGGCUGUGCUGCUGAGCCUGGGAACUGCAGGUACUGCCCAGGUGAUGGAAGGCGGCCAAGUGGAGUAUAAGCCUCUGUCAGGCAUUCGGUAUAUGUGGUGGUACCAUUUAAUUGGCCUCGUCUGGACUAGCGAAUUCAUCCUUGCAUGCCAGCGGAUGACUGUAGCAGGAGCAAUGGUCGCUUGUUAUUUCAACAGGAAUCAAAAUGACCCUCCUGCCCGUCCAAUCCUUUCGUCUCUCUUCAUACUUUUCUGCUACCAUCAAGGAACUGCGGUGAAAGGGUCAUUUUUGCUCACUGUGACAAGGAUCCCAAGAGUCAUUUUCAUCUACAUUUAUAGCAUUCUGAAAGAGCAGCAGUGCAGUGCUUGGUCAAGAGGUGAAUCCAGAUGCAGCCACCGUGGGCCUUGGUGUCUCACCAGACAUCUGCACCAUCUCAACCAGGAUGCAUACACCGCAGCUGCCAUUAACGGGACGGACUUUUGUACAUCAGCAAAAGACGCGCACACAAUCAUAGCCAAGAAUUCAAGUCAUCUCGCGUCUGUUAACUGCUUUGGAAACUUUGUCAUCUUCCUGGGAAAGGUGCUGGUGGUGUCCUUCAGCGUUUUCGGAGGCCUGAUGGCGUUCAACUACAACCGCGCGCUCCAGGUGUGGGCCAUCCCUCUGCUGCUCGUCGCGUUUUUUGCCUGCGUCCUGGCUCACAGUUUCCUAUCUGUGUUUGAAACUGUGCUGGAUAUACUUUUCCUGUGCUUUGCCGUGGACCUGGAAACAAAUGACGGAUCGCCGGAGAAACCGUACUUUAUGGACCCCGAGUUUUUGAGUUUUGUAAAACGGACCAACAACUUUAACAAUGGCGGGUCUCAUGGACACAAGGCCUCACUACCAACUGAAGAGGGGACAGAACUCCGGCCCAUCGUGAGAUAGGAACCAAGAGACGUUUGCACUUGGAGAACUUUGACCGCCUGUGAUACCAAGACAAAGCCUGCAGCUGUUUUCAUUGGAACCAGAGCAGGAACAAUGUUAAAAACUAUGUUUAUACGCAUCGCUUUAAAAGGCUCGAUGGCUGGGCGCAGGGGCACACAUCUGUAACUCCAAACUGGAGAAGAAUGAAGCAUAAAGGCCACAGAAUAAGGCUAGCCUGAGCUACAUACUCAGGAGUUAGAAGCUAGCCUGAAUGCUACAUAGAGACCUUAUCUAUAAAUGUAAACAAACAAACAAACAAACAAACAAGGUUGGAUCGCUGGAUAAAGGUGCCAGUUACCAAUCUGAGGAACUGAAUUAAUACCCCUAGACCUACAUGGUAAAAGGAGAGAACCAAUUCCUACAAGUUGUCCUAAGACCUCCAUGUAUGCACGCAUACACACACACACACACACACACCAAAAAAUAAAUAAUUAAAAAAAAGUAA